UGGCGCUUGCAAACCGAAAGUAAACAACCGUCAACUUAGCUGACGACACCUCUAAGUGAAGGGUGAAAAUUAAAAGAAAAAAUUCAAAUCGUAACCUGCAAUGUUCCAGAUUUCUUGUCUCUUUUGAUUUUUUCUAAGUUGAAUAAACCAUUUCAUAUUUUCAAAAUUAUUUUCACACUACAAUGAAUAAGUAAUCUGUACAAAUUUCAAACUUGAACGUUCAUCCCUUGCCAGCAUGGUAAAACCUUCAUACUGUUCCAAAUCCGACCUAUAAAUGGGUCUCAACCAAAAUAUUUACUUCUAGCCUCUAUACAUUUGUAAGUAGUCUAUAUUCAAAAGUUUUUGCAUACGGGGCUUGAAAAUGGAUACAGGCGGAUACAGUUAAGUUAUGAGUUCCUUUAUGCGCCAUCUGAUCCACUGCAACUUGCAAGAAGAAGCUUUACACUCUGUGGAUAGAGGUAAUAAUGUUGAUCAUAUUGUUGAAACUUGCAGAAAGUGGCCAGGUAAAACGUACUUUGCAACAGGUGUAACUGAGCAAAAGUUGUAAUGGUAAGUUUCAGAACUUUCUUGUUUUUUUAUUUUCUAAUUUCUUUUUCCCUAUUAUUUUUUCCUCAUUAAGAAAAGUUUCCAUCAAUUCUUUUGAAUUAAAAUCUGAGUUUCCUUAAAGUCUCAAAAUGCUUGUAAUGAAUCCCUUAAUAUUUUAUGUCUUUAAUAUUUCAGGACAUCAUGAUAACAUUUGCUAUCGUUUUGUUUACGGAGGAAGAGGAUUCUCCUGCAGUGGUGAGGGAUGACUGGCUGCGUGUCAAUGACACCAAAAGUUUCUGGCCAUCGUUCGCAAGGUCCAAAUGUCAAAUUGAAAAGCUUCUUACUGAUGUGAACAUUUUCCCAAGAGAAGAGGACGGGUGGGAGUUGUGUCCUGUCCGAGUUCUUUGCAAGGGAAUUGAUGAUCUCAUAACAGCUAAAGCUUCUGCCAAAACAGCUGAGUUUACUUCGGACAUUGAACUUUCAGGCAGGUCCAAGAGAAUUAUCAAACCUGUCCAAAGGUACAACUUCGACGGAAGUUCUGAAGAUGAUGAGGCUUCAAACUCCAUCAAUAAUCGAAAAAGACAAAAGAAACAAGAGAAGCCGGCUCUACCAUUUCAUCCCCUUCCUCAAGCUCCGGCAAUAUAUGCUUCUUCUAGGGUACCUGUUGAUCUCGUAAAGCAGUCUCCAUCAGAUUUUAUAUCUCCCUCAAAGGCAUCACCAACUUUGAACACUAACGAGAACAAUAAUUUCAAUUCCACCCAUGACCAACGUACCUCUGAUGAUGCCAUCCUUAGAAAAUUGCAUUAUAUCCAGACUUCCGUCGAUUCACUAGCCAGAAUGGUAGAAGUACUGUCUAAAAAAGUGGACUCAAUCAGUGGAUUUAUAAUCUCAGUAGCUGAAGCUCCUAAAGAUCUCUCUGCAGGUGUCAGCAGUAACCCAUUGGCCUUAGAAGAACUUUUGCCAUGUCGUGACAAUGAUUCUUUGGUGAAGGUGAACGAUCAGCUAAUUGAUUCAAAUGAAGCAAGAGUGAAAUUAGUGAGAAUCCUAUCAAAUGUGGGAGGCAAAACCACCAAAGAUAAACUGUUUGGAAUGAUGAAGAGGAUAAUGAAUGAUGACGUUGCAAUCCUCUAUAGUUUUAAAGGGCAGUCGCACAGCAAAAAAUCAUUCGAGGAUUUAAAAUUUCUCAAACUUAUGACAAAAGUUCUUCAAGAUCAGAAAGCACCGGAUGCGACAGAUGUUUACAUAAAAGAUGUAGUUGCAGAUUGGCUCAUUCAAGCUAAGACCAGGAGAAGCCGGAAACUUUCACGAGCAUUGAAGAAGACUGAGAAUGUCAUUCAAGGAGAUGAGAAUGCUCAUAGCCAGAAUCCUGUAGACUGUAAUCCUGGAAUCCAAAAUCCACAAAAUGAAGAAAUCCUGUCAGCUGUUCACUCAGGCCUCGACAUAGCAUCUGUCAUGCUGACUAGCUUAUAGAUUAUUGCUUAUGCAAUUUCACCGUCCCAGAAGAUGGACACUUUCUCCAAUCGUUCUUUUCUUUAUUUCCGUUUUUGUUAUAUUAUUUUUUUUCGUUAUUAUUUUUGAUUUUUAUUUUCGUGUUAUCAGAUGAGGUACUAUUCUGAGAUACUAGAUGUAAUUUUCAAUUUAUUCCUUGGUUUCUCUCAGAAACUGAAAAUAUCAGGGAUAAGUAAUUGUGUUAAUUGAGCAAAACAUAGCUUUAUAAUCAUUACUUACAUUAUUAUGCCACUUUUUCUAUGGAUACUCAUACAGAAACUUUAAGUUCCUUUUUUUUUCAUUAACUACCAUUUCCUUCAUUUCCAUUCUUGUGAGAUUCUUUAAAUGUUUUUCUUGGUUUCUUUCAGAAACUGAAAUUAUGAGGGAUACAUAAUUUUGUUUUUUGUGUACAACUUUGCCUUCAACAAUGGCAUUACCGUGCCUUUUUUCCUAUCGAUAUUCAUACAGAAACUUUAAGUUCCUUUUUUUUCUUUAACUGCCAUUUCCAUUCUUUUGAGAUAAAUUAGACUUUUUCAAUAUUUACGAAAGUUUUCAUCGCAUACCUGUAAAUUGGAGAAAAACACUAAAAUUUUGACCCGAAUAUUAAACAAGUUGUUCGAAUAGUGCUGGGUCCACAUUAUUUUGCGGGGAAACAAAGUCAAAAGAAGUACUAAAAUUAAAUUAGAAUUUAUAAGUAUCAGAAUUUACUUUUAAAUUGUAAUUUAAUUUUUUUACUUCCUUUGGCUUUGUAUUCCUGCAGAACAGUGUGGACCCAGCAAUAUUCUAACAACUUGUAACUUAGGUAAUGCUUGUUUCACACUGUGUUGACCUCAGUUUCCUUUGAGUUUUUUCUCCUUAUUCUCAUUCGUUGCUGGCUUAGGUAAAAUUAGCCAGCUAAUCAUUGCGAAGACGCUUUUAAAUAUUCUGACAAUUUUAAGCUACAACUUAAUUUGUUACUAGACAGGUUUGAAUGUGAAAAAAUGUGUUACAAUCAUUGUGUUACAACAAUUGUGUUAAUUUGUUACAAUCUUUGUGCAUUUGUUCGUGCCUUUCCUGGAGUCUGAUAUUUAUUUAUUUAUUUAAUAAAGUACAUGUCUCUUAUAAUUUUAAA